AUGGAUGAAGAAGUACACAUAGUUACAAGAAUAUUUGAUAAAAGGAUUGUCAACAAUAAAAUUGAGUAUAUGGUUUCUUUUAAAGGUCUGCAUAUAGGGCUUUCUGAAUGGGUUCCUGUAGAAUGUUUAAAAAAUUGUCAACGUGAAAUUGACCAUUAUGAAGCAAAGAUAAAGGGUUUGAAAACUGAAGGUGGAUGUACAUUUAAACGACCUUCAAAAUUUGCUAAUGAUUAUGAUUUCAUUCUUAUGAAAGGUAAAAUGUCUAAAGAAGAUUUUAAAAGAUAUGAAACUAAAGAUGAAUAUGAAAGUGAAUCUGACUAUGAAGAAUUAAAAUUAGAUUAUCUAGAAGCAAAAAAACGAAUGGAGCUAGAAAAAGAAAGAAAACAACUUAUUGAAGUUGACAAAUUUUGUGAUAAAAAAAAAGGAGAAAUUGAAAGAAAAAAAUUACUAAAAAAUAAAAGUAAAAUUACUAAAAAAAAGUUUGCUUCUUAUUGUAAUGACAAUGAUUUAUCUGAUAGUUCAAGUGUACAUGAUAAUGACCAACACAUUUAUUGUAAUGAAUCUGACAAAAAGAGUAAUGUUGAAGUUGUGUCAAAUAAAAUUAAUUUAAUUGAAACAAAAAAUAACAUUGAAAUUAAAGAAGAUGAUUCUAAGGUUAACAGUGGAAAAAGUAGUGAUACAGAUGAUAAUGAAUGUAUUUUACGGUCUUCUGAAAAACACAGAAGAAGUAUACUACGCCUAGAUUCAUCGGAAUCAGAAAAUGAAGUAGAAUUACAGAAAAAGGAUGACAAUAGAAAAAGUACGAAAACUUUUAUGGAACAUUUAGAUACCGUUCAUACCAUUGAUUUGGAAAACUUUUUAACAUUUUUGGAAGUUAAUAUUGUUGAAAAUAAAAAAAUUAUAUGCUUUUUAACCAAAGACAAAAAUUUUUAUAAUAUUAAUGAAGAUGAAAUACCAUUAAAAAUGAAACCCAUGUAUAUGGAUUUUCUAUUUAAAAAAGGGUUACCAAGUUGA